ACCAAACGGGCAGAUGAGCCAUCUGAUGUGGAUGUGGCUGUACAAUAAAAACGUGCCAGCCAUUCUCAAAAAUAUGACAGACAAGCCAAUAAGCUGCAACCGUGAAUUGUGCAUUACCUUUCUUCCACCACACCUGGCAUCUGCAACCUCUCGUAUCAAUAUGCUAAAUGGUCGUCCAAAGAGAGCUAAAAAGCGAGCUACUGGUUGCAUACAAAUGCAUGUGUGUACAAGCAAACAUUAGAGGCGCAAAUUAUAGGCACUUUAUCGCGACCAGUCCGUGACUCGCAAGGCAAAAACUUACCUAUGCAGUAGCGC